CAUUUCUCAGCAUGCCAUGAUCUCUAUCUUUCUGCCAUUUCUUUCUUUUUAUCUCUUUCGGCAUUCUCUAUCUGACCCCUUUAUCUCCUCUCUAAUCCUUCCUUUCUCUCCUCUGGCUGUGUCAUGUGCAUGUCUCAUCAUGCCAGGAAAUGAAGGAGAAGUUAUGUGGCCAAGAUUGGUAGCAAGCAAGAUCUUGAGAAAGAGACUGGGAAGCAACAACUUCGUAGCAGAUUUUCCGCACAAUGGUACUACAGAAGGUAGUUUGCUCGAUAUUCCAAACUUCGGUCAACCAUCUUUGAGCGCUGACACCAUCUUUGAUCAUCGCCACAAGGUCGACACACACAACUAUAAGAUUUUUGUUAGUACGUGGAAUGUUGGUGGGAUUGCACCAAGUGAAGACUUGGAUAUGGAGGAUUGGCUUGACACGCCCAACAAUUGCGACAUAUAUGUUCUUGGAUUUCAAGAGAUUGUGCCACUUAGAGCAUCAAAUGUUCUAGGUUCUGAGAAAAGCAGGAUUUCCAUGAAAUGGAAUUCUUUGAUUAGGCGAGCAUUGAACAAGAAGAUCAAUCACUACUAUUCUAAUGGCGAAAAGGAAAUCGAAAACAGCAAUAUUCUUCCAGGUUUCAGGUGUGUUAUUAGCAAACAGAUGGUUGGAAUAUUGAUAUCAGUUUGGGUUCGAAGCCAUCUUCGUCCUUAUAUCAGACAUCCUAGUGUCUCAUGUGUUGGCUGCGGCAUCAUGAGUUGCCUUGGAAAUAAGGGUUCUGUAUCAGUUAGAUUUCAGCUGCAUGAAACAAGUUUCUGCUUUAUAUGCAGUCAUCUAGCAUCAGGAGGUAGAGAAGGAGAUGAAAAACACAGAAACUCUGAUGUAGCUGAGAUCUUGUUGCGAACAAGUUUCCCUAGAGGCCCUUCACUUGAUUUGCCAAGAAAGAUUCUAGAUCACGAUCGGGUAAUUUUGCUUGGAGAUUUGAAUUAUAGAAUUUCACUUCCAGAAGCAACAACUCGAUUAUUGGUGGAUAAAAAAGAAUGGAAUUCCUUAUUAGAAAAUGAUCAGCUGAGAAUGGAGCUAUUGAGCGGUCAAACAUUUGAAGGUUGGCAUGAAGGAACAAUCAAAUUUGCUCCAACUUACAAAUACUGCCCAAAUUCUAAUGUAUACUUUGGAUGCGUUGAAGGCAAAAAAGGCGAAAAAUGGCGUGCCCCUGCAUGGUGUGAUCGGAUUGUUUGGUACGGAGAAGGAUUAAAGCAACAUUUAUACACGAGAGGUGAAGCAAAUUUUUCUGAUCAUAGACCAGUUAAGGCAAUAUUUUCAGCUGAAGUUGAGGUUCUACAAACACUGAAAGGACUUCAGCAAUUCUUCCUAUCAGAGAGGUUUGAUCAAAUAACAGACAAAUUUGAGAUGCCCCCCUCCGAAAAUCUUCUCUGUAAUGGCAGAUUAAGCUUCAAAAUAUAACAGCACAUAAAGACAGCCUAAUUAAAUAUUCAUCAAGUCAUGUAAUGUAUAAUACUAAAGAGAGGAUAGAGAAAUAUAUAUAUUAUUUCUGAAAAGCUUCUAUAGUAUAUAGUUGCUUGAAUAUGAGCUGAUGAGUGUACAAAAUAUAGUGUUGGUUUUUCUUGUUCUCCAUGUUUUUAUUAGGGGAGAGGAAGCUGUCCUACUCAUCCUUUCAUUUUCAAUGAAUUAUAUAAUUAAGGUCAAUUUUAA